CUUACAAGCAGCGACACUAACGCGAUCGCAAAGUAUCUAGACGGAGCUGCACUUGAAGAGAAAAGUCUUCUAUGGCAGCAUAUUGCUGAGAAAGCAAGAGUUUGCAAAGUCUAUCACCAUAAAAAAUGUGUCCAUAAUGAACAGUUAAGAAGCGCAGUAAUCCAAAGAUACGUUACUUGA